ACAAGGCUGGAAUUCGUUAAAAUGCAAGCCCUUCACAAGGAAAAUACUGGGAGAAAUAUUGAUCCUUGGUCAUUCGCCAAAAAAUUGGUAGAUGUAUUGUUUAAUUUUUCAAUGAAAUAUCAUAUUUUAAAGAUAGGUGAAUUAGACAAGCAUGUUGAUCCACUUACCAAGCGGCUCGAUCACAUAAUGCACUGUCUAAAAAAGGAAAUUCGGCAACAAAACAAUAAUCGAAUUGGAUUCUUCCAAUUUUGUUUUCAUCCCACGGAUUUCAGUCGUUCUGUUGAAAAUGUUUUUUAUAUCUCAUUUCUCAUACGAGAAGGUAAGGUUCAGAUCGAUCUUACAGGAAAUGAUGGUCUUCCAGAAUUAGAUAUGAAGGCAAACCAAGCUAUUCUCAGUUUUUCUUACUCUCAGUGGCAGGUGCUUUAUUAUUAUUAUUAA